ACUUCCCACUCUUCUUUAGCACAAAUCAGACUUGAGCAAAAACAACUUUUUCCAUAGGAUCAGUUAUAAAAAGAAUGGCAAGGGCAACGACCAACUUAGUUUAUUGGUUUUAUCAGGGAAAGUAGACUCACCAAAGGCUUGCGAACACUUCUGGUCAAAGCACUGGCUGGCUUAUUCAUCUCUAUAUGGUCAAUCGUGGUAUUUCUCCAGGACCAAAGGCACGGACUGGUUAGUGAAGAAUGCUGUCAGAAGGCUAUCUCAGUGGACUUGCGUACCGGAAUGACAUCCAGUGGAAUUAUCCAUCUUCUAAUGAGCAAGUGGCUGAGGAAAAGGAAGAGGAGAUGGAAGCCACAGCAGCUGACAGUCUUUCCUAUUCCUCCGUGGAUGAAACACAAGUCCAAAAUCUCUAUGUGAGCUGCAAAUCCUCUGGCAAGAUCAUUUCUUCAGUGUAUUCAAGAGAGAGCCAACAUAGUAGAAAUCCGAGAAUCACGGUGCUGCAAACAAACCCCAAUCCUGUGUAUGAAAGCCCAAACUUGGCCGCAGUUGAACUAUACAGAGACACCAGCAAAGAGACCUACUUGGUCCCACCUUCCUGCAAGAGUAUCUGCAAGAAUUACAAUGACUUACAGAUUGCAGGGGGCCAGGUGAUGGCCAUUAAUUCAGUGACAACAGAUUUCCCCUCUGAGGGCAGUUUUCAAUAUGGUCCUUUGCUGAAAUCAUCUGAGAUUCCUUUGUCCAUGGAGGAUUCCAUGUCCACCCAGCCCAGCGACUUGCCACCCACCCCUAUCCAGCGGUAUUCAUCCUACUGGAGAAUAACCAGCAUCAAAGAGAAAAACAGCCUGCAAAUGCAGAAGCCUAUUUCCAAUGCGGUACUGAAUGAAUACCUGGAGCAGAAGCUGGUGGAGUUGUAUAAGCAGUACUUUAUGGACACUGGGUUUCAUGACAGUUCACCUACCCAGAUUCUGGCAUCUGAACUCAUCAUGACAAACGUGGACCAAAUCAGUAUUCAAGUCUCUAUAGAGAAGAACCUGGAGAUCUCGAAAGCCAGGGAUAUCGUCAUUAACCGCCUAUUACAGUAUGGGUCAACCGAAAUCAGCACACCGAGUCUCCAUAUUUCUCAGUAUAGCAACGUGAAUCCAUAGAGAGGGUGCUUCCACUGCUCUUUCUCAACUACUCAAAUCCUAAGCAACAAGUAUUCAUUUAUUCUGAGAAUGUGCAGGAAGGGGUUGGCAAGGGGUAGAGAAGAAAAGGUUGGUUGCAGGUCAGGUAUGGAUUAAGAGGAAAUCUCAUAAUAUUACACGUGAAGGAAUGUGGGGAGAGGAGCUAUAAUGACUUCCAAGUGAGGGCUGUACAGCAACAAAGCAAAAAUAAAAAUGAUCAAAAAAGAUGGUAUGAUUCAUAUAAGGGAAUACA